AUGGUAUUCUUCUUUAAGAUAUGCGAUCCCGACUACCUUGUCUACAUGGGAAGAGACAAGUAUGAGAAUGAAGAUUUGAUAAAGUAUGGAUGGCCAGAGGAUAUUUGGUUCCAUGUUGAUAACUUAUCAUCGGCACACGUCUAUUUACGUUUGAAGAGAGGUGAGACAAUCAAUGACAUCCCACAGAAUGUAUUGGAUGAGUGUUGUCAACUAGUCAAGCAGAACUCCAUCCAAGGCUGCAAGGAGAACUCUGUCAACAUCGUCUACACCCCAUGGGCCAACCUCAAAAAGACCAACGACAUGGAGGCAGGUCAAGUCCUCUUCCACAAUGAGGGAAAUAUCAAGUUUGUUAGGAAUGUAAAGAAGGUGGCAUUGAUUAUCAAUAGGAUUGAAAAGUCAAGAGAGGAGAGAGAGGUGUUGUUGAAGGAGGAGCGUGAGAGGAGGGAUAGGGAGGAGAGACAUGAUAAGAGAGCGAUUGCAGAUCAGCAAAAGAAGGCUGAUAUGAAGGCACAGGAGGAGAAGAAGAAGGCACUAGAAAUCAAGAACUACACUACAGUCAUGAAGCAAGAGAACAUGAAGUCGAACAAGUACAAUAACAUCGAUGACGAUGACUUUAUGUAA